AUGAUAAAAGAACUUGAGGAGUUUGUUUCCAGAAGAGAUCAUUUCCCCAAACCUGAUUUGGAUAUUGUCACAAAACUGUCUGAAAAUAUCUUCCAAGCGCUCAUCAAUUCUCCAGAAGAAUUCACUUCGGAAAAUAAACUCACCGGAAAUCUCAAUAAAAUUUUCGAUGAUCUCUUCAGGAAGUCAUUGGACUAUCCCGUCACUAUUCGAAAUUUCAUCAGACCGGCACCUGAUAAAACAAUGGAGUUUGUUGGUUCUAUUGAAGACUGCGGGAAUUUUACUUUCAAGCUCAAAAACGUCUGUACUCAAUUUACGAUUCAAAACAUGUGA